ACAUAAAAAUUGUGAUUUGCUUAGCGUAACGUCUUUCCAAAGAUUCACAAAACCCCAAAAUCACCCAUAGCUAAAAGAUGCACCAAUUUACUGUACCCCCAAAUCUGACCCUUUUCCCCUCACCUCUUCCUCUUCACUCUCGCCGGAAACUUUUUCUGUUUCGUCAUCUUUUUCCUUUAAUUUGCCCCUUUUUAGCUGUAUAAUCUUGAUAAAAAAUGUGGACUUUAGCAGAAAUACAUAAUGGGGUUUUGAGUUAUGGUGGGAUUUCUUGAAUCUUGAAUCUUUCUUGCAGGAUUUUAGCCAUGGAGACAUGGAAAGAGUUAAUGGGUAGGUGUAUUUUGUUUUGAAAGUACAAUGUGAGAGGUGAAUUCCCAUUUUGGAGAGAGAGAGUGAGAAAGUGUGUGUGUGUGUGAUGAUGGUUGCUGCUGUUUCUGGAGCAGUUUCAACUGGCCGACAAAACCCCAAAACCCCAUCACAAGAUGAGACUUCAAGAAGACCCCCAUUACUGCCCUCUGAGAAAGACAACAAUGGAGUUGUUAACCCAAAAAGACCCAAAUCAAGAACUGUUCAAUCUCGGUAUAUGUCUCCUUCUCCUUCAACUUCUUCUUCAAAUUCUUCUUCAGUAUCUUCAACUUCUUCUUCUAGUAGAAGAUUUCCGUCUCCUUUGAUUUCAAGAAACUCGGGCUCUACCCUUUUGUCAAAUACUCCGGUUACAGCUCCCAAAAGAUCUGUUUCAGUGGACAGGAGACGGACCUCAGUUUCCAGGCCACUUACAGCUGAUCUUGAUUCAAAAGUAAACAAUGCAGCUGAAGUUUCUGCAGCAACAAAGCUGCUGGUGACAUCUACUAGGAGUUUAUCUGUAUCUUUUCAAGGGGAAACCUAUUCACUUCCAGUAAGUAAGACAAAAGCGGCCCCACCUUCUCCAAAUUUGAGUAGUUUAAGGAAGGGUACCCCUGAGAGGAGGAGGACUACUACUCCCCUUAGAGGGAAAGCUGAUGGGGCGGAUCAGUUGGAUAAUUCUAAGCCUGCUGAUCAGCACCGUUGGCCGGGGAGGUCUAGGCAGGGGAAUCUGCUGGCGACGAGCUUAGAUUGUAGUAAUGGGGACAGACACAAGGUUAUUGGAUCUGGGAAUGUAAUUAGGACACUUCAGCAAUCUAUGAUUGAUGAAAGGAGGGCUUCAUUUGAUGGCAGGUUGAGUUUUGAUUUAGGAAAUGCAGAGCCUUUAAAGGCUGUUGAACAAGCACAGGAUGUAAAUUCAGCCAAUAAUGAUUCUACUCUGCCAUCUGAUCUUACUGCAUCUGACACGGAUAGUGUUUCUUCUGGUAGUACAGGAGUGCAGGAGUGUGGUGGGAGUUCUCGUAUACGCGGUGUGCCUCGUGGGAUUGUAGUUUCUGCUAGGUUUUGGCAAGAAACAAACAGUAGGUUGAGGAGAUUGCAGGAUCCAGGUUCACCUCUAUCGACAAGUCCAGGGUCCAAACUGGUUGCGCCACCAAAGUUGAGAAAGUACCAUAGUGAUUUCCCAGUAUCGUCCCCUCGAGCAAUGUCAUCGCCUAUUCGUGGUGGCAUUCGCUCUGCAUCUCCUAGUAAGCUUAUAGGAUCAUCUCCUUCCAGAGGAAUGCCUAGUCCAUCUCGUGUCAGAAAUGUGGUGAGCACCAUCAAUAGUAACUUCAUUGAGACCCCAUCAGUUCUUAGUUUUGCUGUUGAUGUUCGGAGGGGGAAGGUAGGGGAAAACCGAAUUGUUGAUGCACACUUGCUGCGGCUUCUUUACAAUCGAUACUUACAGUGGCGCUUUGUAAAUGCUACGAAUGAAGCAACUUUGCUGGUGCAGAAACACAGUGCAGAGAAAACUCUGUGGAAUGCAUGGAUAACAAUCUCAGACCUACGUGAUACAGUCACUAAGAAGAGACACAGGCUACAGUUGCUGAGGCAAAAACUGAAGCUAGCUUCCAUUUUAAAGGGACAGAUGAUGUCCUUAGAAGUUUGGGCUUCAUUUGAUAAAGAACACUCUAUCUCACUUCUUGGAGCAAUUGAAGCCCUGAAAGCUAGCACUCUCCGUCUGCCGGUUGUUGGAGGAGCUAAUAUUAACAUACAAAACCUGAAGGAUGCUAUUAGUUCAGCACAUGGUGUGAUGCAGGCAAUGGCAACCUCAGUUGGUUGCAUUUUGGGCAAGGUGGAGGAAUUAAAUUCUUUGGUAAGUGAACUUGCCAAAGUAACUGCCAAAGAACAGGCUUCUCUUGAACAGUGCAAAGAUUUCUUGACGUUGAUAGCAACAAUGCAGGUUAAAGACUGUAGUUUGAGAACACACGUAAUACAACAUAACCGCAGAUCAACAACCUGACAUGACAGGUGUAGAACUGAUCUUAUUUUGACCAAUUUUUAAUGCUAACACCCUAUAGUAACGGUGGCCAGAGCAAGAGAACGAUGAGUAGUCCUGGUUCUUGUUAGGCAUUUUUUUGCAACACAUCUGCGCGCCCUAAUCUCAGUGUAUUUUUCUCUAUCAGAAGAUGAUUUCGGAAGUGAUUUCUUUCUCACUAAUUAGUUGUAUACAUGUUCUAAUCUUUCGUUCUUUUCUUUUUCCACUGUUUGUCAAGGAAGAAGAGAAAAAAGAACUCGUGUAUAUAUAAUGUAAAAUUCUAACUAGACAAUGAUUCAGUAGUUCGUGCAA